AUGGAGAGACAAGUCACGCCGCUGCCAAUGGAGCUCACCACACUUGAAACCCUAACCGAACCGAAACAGACGUCGUUGGCGGGCUACGUUCAGGAGGCCUCGCUCUCAUAUGCGACCCUGCCACCCUUGUCUGGGCAGAUUGGCAUCGCCAAAAUCCAGGCUUCGCUCCAAGGGGACCCGAAGGUUUGGGCUCAAUUCUCAGGGCGGUGGGCCGGAUUCGAGAAGGACCCGAAGAGACCGGGUUUAUCUGAGGAUGGGGUGUUUAAAGCCCUUUGGAAGGUUUUUGACGCAGUCGUACGCGAGGCUGGCAAAGUCACCAACAUCCCACCAACGCUUAGAUUUGCAUCACGACCUAUUACCACUCGCCUGGACGGGUACCUGCUACUAGUGGAUACAAAGAAUGUUGACGCACAGGGGGACAACAAGAACAAUGCCAAAAACUCUGACCCUGAUACUUGGUACGAUAUUGCCGUCUCGUUUGAGUUCAAAAGGUGCCACGGGGAUGACGAGCAUAAAGACGUAGGUUCACUUGCCGGGGCGGUCACGCUCCUGUGCGGGUCGCUUAAUUUCAUCACUGAGCCAGAGCACGUCAUCUACUUCUUCUGUGCCCUCGUGUUUGCAAAUGACCACGAGCUCGGAUGGGACCGAUCCAUACAGAGGGCUACUUCUUCGGGAUGCUGGGGUGUUUGUACGAUUGGCAACACCGUCGGAUCGUGGUUGUGA